GUGAAAGUCCUAGGGUUUUGCCUCAGAUGGUGGUAACAUAUAUAGCUAUAUAUUCUUCCCAAUGAGUUCUGUUCCGCAGAAAACCCUAGCGCAACCGGAUCUUCACGAUUAGGAGAUGGCAAAGUCGAAGAACCACACCGCUCACAACCAGUCCUACAAGGCCCACAAGAAUGGCAUCAAAAAGCCAAAGAGGCAUCGCCACACUUCCACCAAAGGGAUGGAUCCCAAGUUUUUGAGGAACCAGAGGUACGCGAGGAAGCAUAACAAGAAGAGCGGUGAAACAGCCUCUGAAGAAGAGUAAAGUGUCACUCUAAGAUGGGGCUAUGAUGAUUAUCUCCUUUGAUUUAUUAUCCGAGCCCGGUGUGUUUUGUGUCAAAUUUAUCCUUAUUAGUAUAGUCAUUUUUAUGAGUUCAUUUAAUCCAGAGAAUGCAGUACUUACUCUUAUAGCAUCUUUGCUUGUUUUUGUUAUAAGACCUUUCAAAUUUUAUCAAUGGAUUAUUGUUUAGUUGCUUA